CUGAUACAAUUUUCGACCUCUCUCCAUUUCUGCAACAUGUCCAUGGCGUUCUCUGCUGCAUUCAAUACAUGUUCACGACCUUCCCUUAUUCUCUCCUGCAGAAUCCGUAAACCCAAUUUGUCUCAGACUGCUUGCUUCCACAGAACCCUAACGGUUAGGGCUUCAACCACUUUGGACUACUCCAAGCUCUCUGUGGACGAUAAAGCGUCAGCUCCAUCAAAGACCAAUAAUUGGCAAUGGAAAUUUAAGGGUGAUUCUAUAAACAUAUACUAUGAGGAGUAUGAAAAGGAGAGAGAUGGUCCUUGUAAGAAUAUACUUAUGAUACCAACGAUUUCUGAUGUUAGCACAGUUGAAGAAUGGAGAUCAGUAGCAAGUAAUAUUGUUCAGCAAGUUGGUAAUGUUAAUUGGCGAGCGACUAUUGUUGAUUGGCCUGGUCUAGGAUACUCUGAUAGGCCAAAGAUGGACUACACUGCUGAUGUCAUGGAGAAAUUUCUGGUCGACUUCAUCAAUUCACCAGAUGGUCCUCUAAAUGGCUCAGAAAAUGAUCUUGUAGUAUUUGGAGGAGGACAUGCUGCCACUCUAACUAUCCGUGCAGCAAAGCAGGGUGCAGUCAAACCUAAAGCGAUAGCUGCUAUUGCACCCACCUGGGCUGGUCCCCUUCCUAUUGUGUUUGGUCGAGAUUCUAGCAUGGAAACAAGGUAUGGACUGCUUAGAGGCACCUUAAGAGCCCCUGCUUUAGGCUGGAUGAUGUAUAACAUGCUUGUCAGCAAUGAGAAAUCAAUUGAAUCUCAGUACAAAUCCCAUGUAUAUUCAAAUCCUGACAAUGUGACUCCUGGAAUUAUUGAAAGUAGAUAUGCCUUAACCAAAAGGAAAGGUGCUCGCUAUGCACCUGCUGCUUUCUUGACCGGUCUUCUUGACGCUGUACAAUCUAGAGAGGAAUUUCUUGAACUCUUUGCAGAUAUGGGCAACAAAAAGAUACCAGUUCUUGUUGUGUCCACUAAAGGUCCUCCAAAGAGGUCAAAAGCAGAAAUGGAGGCUCUCAGGGAAGCCAAGGGAGUGAGUAAGUUUGUUGAGGUGCCAGGCGCUCUUCUUCCGCAAGAGGAGUAUCCUGCUAUAGUUGCUGAGGAGCUUUACCAGUUCUUGCAAGAAAACUUCGAAUCCAAAGAUUAGAGUUUGUUUCGCUUCGCCAGAUAUAUGGGUUUCCUCAUACAACAGUUUUGUGAUCAGAAAAGUUGCAGAUCAUGUAACACUAAAGGUUAUGCUCCUAGGAAUUGUACACAUAUGUGCAUCUGCAUAAGCACUUUUCUUCUAUCAUUUUGCUGAUACUCAGUCGCCGGUCUGACAUGUCCAGAAUCCUCAUUUGCGUUUUUAAUACAUGAUUCCUUGUUCCAGUCUUUAGAGCUAGCCUGAUUGGUGAGACAUUAUAAAGAAAUGGGAGGGCUUAUUCGAUCCCUUCCAAUGUAACG